AUGGCGACGCCCUCAGCCAAACCUGGCACUACACCAACCCAUCUCUCCUCACCUCACCCAACCUCAGCUCCUCUCUCUCGCUCAAUUGCCCAUAAAUCGCCUUCCAUGAGGACACCAACAGCUUCAGGAUCGGCGCAUGCGCCACAUGCCAGCGUUUCCUCUCAUCAAUACUCUACACCCCUCGCCGUAACUAGUGGGGUCGACGACGCGGUUAAUUUCAGCUCCCCUUCAGCUCUUCUAGCACUCGGUGGAUACACGGGUAUUAGCCCAUCUUCUGCGGUACAUGAUGGUCUAGGAUCUGGAAUGAACGAAAGCGAUAUCCAAAACCUCGGCAUGCAGGGCAUCAAGCUUGGAGUCGCACGAGACAAUGACGAAGAGCAAAGACACCGCAUCAAAGAAGUCGUUCAGCUUCUACGUGCGCGAGUUGCUGGCAGAGGCGUGUCUCGGGAAAGCAUCGAAAGAUUAAGUCGCCUUGAAGGAUUCGAAUCGAUUUGGGAAGAUGACAACCUCAACAUUGCUGGUAACUUUGUCGACCUGGAAAUCGACUUCCACGAUGGACAUGAUGUUGUCAAGGAUGUCAGUCUGCGAUAUGCUACUCCAGAAUACACAGAAGGCGUGCGACGAGAAGAAGCAACUGCGGUUCUGAAACGUACCCUCGCCCAGGACCCUGAGGAUGCUUUGAGUGGAAAUUGGAGAUCACUUCAACGUUUCCGCGAAAACUUACAUUGGCUUGCGAAACUUGAUAAGCUUAGCCAAGAAGUCAACUGUUUUGAGGCACUGGAAAACCUCGAAGAGAACUUCAAGCGCAUCUGGAUUGAAGAAGGGAAGAAUGGGAAGUACGGCGGCGACUACCAGCAUCUUUGCGCAGGUGUGAUUGGCCGCCCCAGCAUGCACAAGGGAACUAGAAUUGGCCUCGGCUUGGAAUACUGGGUUGAACAGGCUAUGGUCUUGGAUGCCAAGAAGCAACAGGCUUCUCCAGAUGAUAUGGAAGUUGACCGACAAGACUCGCUUUCAGAUGAUGAGAUAGAUGAUCAACGCAGAGUGUGGACUGUCAUGAUUGAAUGUGAAGAGGGAUAUCCGUCACUACGCAUUUCGAAAGAGUGGGUUGGAGCAGAAGCCUUUCCUGCCGGUGAAAGCAAUGAGUCGCUACCUUCAGAUAAUGCCGUGGGAUCUGUGAAUUGGCUUGAUCCUCCUCAGACCAUGCGCUUGACGCACGGAAACCAUGAUCCCAUGGCGUUGGACUCCAGUAUGCUUGAAUCAUCGCCACCGAAUCGCCGCUUCGUCGCAAAGCUGGAGCCCGGGCUCGAUGUUCCGAUUUUCGCUGCCUCUGAGAUCUACCGCCAUCUUGGUAUGCAACUAUCGCAAGAAUUUAAGGUUGACACCUAUGACAUGCUGUUGGUCUCAGAAAGGUCGGCUGUGACAUCCCCAGACCCUGCCCCUCAGAUUGGCCGUCGGAAGCGUCGAACUUCAGUGUCUGCUGUUGACUCCAAGGGCGAGUCAUAUACAAAGCACCACAACUACACAUUCCAAGCAUUCGAGUCUACUACCGGCCGAACCAUUCGUGAUCUGCCAUUCUCUCAUCCCCGGCAGCUUGCAGACAUUCUUCCGAUUCUCCGACAAUACGCCCUGUUAGCCAAUCUGGUCCGGAAGACCUUCCACAUUCCUUCAAACGAAACCGACAACACAUCUCAGCCUCCCAAGACCAAUCCCCAAAACGCCCCUUCUGAUAAUCUCCACGAUCUAUUUGCCAACCAAGAUGGACUCGUCAUUUUAAACAACGACGAUCCAAAUGAAACCCGUCUAAACCUACUCCUAGGAAUGAACGGCAACGGCCAAACUGAACCGGGUCACUUGACAUCUUUCACCGAUGGUCAUAGUUCACAGGAACUCUCCGUGACCGACGUCAAGGUAGACGUCACACUACGUACUCCCCUUGGCCAAGCACCCGCUCUCAUGCUGCUUAUCACCGAACCCCAGCACCAACGAGAACCAAAGCAAAUUUCACUAUGUUUUGAAGUCGGGCUCAAUGGUCAUGUUUCCGUUGUUGAGACCGCUGGAUUAUCGAAGGAGAACAGUGCCGAUACUGAAAUGCAAGGGGCUGAUGGCUCUGACUCUGGAAUACGGGAUGUACAUAAGAAGAUUUCUAGGGUGCUGGAGGUCUCUCAAGACCUUGGGAUUCUAGUUGAGUGGGUCUUGCGUUGGUUGCAGCAGCGGGCUGGUCAUGCGUGA